UGGCGAUAGUGUAAAUAACAAUGGUGGACGCACGAGCCAAUUAGUUCUGUCAAUUGUGUUAUUUUGAACUGUAAUAUACUGCAUAUAAAGAUACUGCUAUGGAUGGGAAGAAGAAGGGGAAGAAGAGCAAGGUUGGAGUGAUCAAUGAUAGCUUUGAGCUGGAACAAGCUUCAAAUUCAGUUAGAAACAAAGUCAGUCCAUUUUUAAACAACAUUAGAGAUGUCCAGUCAAAAAACAACAAUGCAAAAUCUAAGGCUUUGCAAAACCUUGUUGAUAUUAAGAGAACUGCUUCAAGAUGGAGGGAUUUUAUCAAUCGAAAGAGGAAGAAGAAAAAGAACAAUCCAUGCAACAUUGAUAGUGCUGUAAAUGGUGAUACAGAAGAGGGGUUGGACAAACGAGGCACUAUUGGAGGUCUUGGGCUUGACGACAUUCAUGAAGACUUUGUCAGCGGAGAUCAGAAAUUAUUUGGGGAGAAAGUCACCACAAAGUCUAUGUCAAGUGCUAGUAAUCGUGCCUUGCUCCAGUAUUUUGCCAAAUUAGGGAAAUCUCAGAAAGAUGAUGAAGUGGUGGAUUUAGAUUUUGUAGAGACUUUGGUAAACAGUGGUGCCAACAUUAAUUGUACAGACAGACAUGGACAAACACUUCUACAUGAGGUUGCCAGUAAAUGGCAUAUAGAUGUAGCCAAGUUUUUGAUUGACAUGGGAGCAGAUGUGACUCAAGCUGACAAUUAUGGUAGAACACCGCUUCAUGUAGCGGCAGCAGAUAAUUACCCAGAUAUGAUUCAUUUGUUGAUUGAUGCUGGAGCUGAUAAAAAUGCACAGACAACAGGUGAGCUACAGACACCUGUUCACUAUGCAGCACGCAAUGACGCUGUGGAGGCACUGAAAGCACUUGUCAAACGGAACUGUAAAUACAAAAUGGUGAUGGACUAUAAAGGGAGAACACCCCUACAUGUUGCAGCUGAACUUGACCGCAGUGAGACAGCAAGACUUUUAUUAGAUCUGGAGGCCCCAGCUGGAAUCACUGAUACAAAGGGUCAAGCUGUGAUUACAUGGAUGAUCACAAAAAUGCCUCCAGUUGCUGCUGAGGCGAUACAACAGUUCCAUAUGAAGGAUCGUCCAAACAGAAAACAAUAUUACUACCUCAACUUGCUCACACCUAACAGAGAGAAAGAUCCCAAUUUUUACACGCAAAUGCCUUUACAAGUUGCAGUGAAGUACAAGCAGUAUGACAUCCUCACACAGUCGGUUAUGCUUACACUCACUAGGAUCAUGUGGGAAAAAUUUGCAAGAUGGCGGGCAUAUGGAGGUCUGCUAUUCAAUUUUAUAUAUAUCAUGUUGUGGACGGUCUAUGGCGUAACAAUAGAAUACGAUGAACGACAUCUGUACAAACUUCCUGAACAUUGGUGGAGAAUUGUUCUCUUGGUAGCUGCAGUUGGGAUAACAGUGUGGCAGAUUAUAGAUGAAAUUAGGGAGUAUCUGCGGUCAAAAGUUAGUGAUGAGAACUGGAAAACUUGGCGACGUACAGAGAUAAAGGAAGACUUGAAAUAUUGUCAUCCAAGAUGGCCUGAGGAACAACAGUUUCUUAACCAGGAACUUGAAAGUCUCGAUGAUGCUCAUACAGGAUACUUCCAGGAUAUGUGGAAUUGGUUUGACUGGUUUUGCUAUACGUUACUAUUAGCUGUAAUUGGCACACAUGUUGCAGACAUCGUCGUCCAUACAGACGCGUUAGCACGUGCUCAUAUACGUCUUACAGCAGUGGUUGUUAUCUUUCUGUGGUUGAGAUUGAUGAAAAAUAUUCGGGCAUUUGCUAUGCUUGGACCGUUUGUUGUGAUGGUUGGAGCUAUGAUAUCAGAUCUGUUGAAGUUUGCCUUCCUUUAUUUUGAAUUUUACAUUCCUUACUUAUGUGCAUUUUGGAUGAUAUUUGGUGGAAACAAGUACCCCGAGGGCAGUGCCGGGAAUCCAAACAGGACGGAAGUUUCUGUAGAUGGUUUCGUUAACUUCAAUGAGGCAAUGUUUUCUUUGUGGAGAAUGACCCUUGUUGAUGAAUAUGCAUAUGAAGGAAUGAAAAACAUAGAUUCCAUCAUGGCUGACAUUUUGGUUGGUACCUGGCUGUUUUUGUCUGCAGUUCUCUGUCUCAACCUUCUCAUUGCCUUGUUCUCAGAUACAUUUCAAAGAGUAUAUGACAAUGCUCGAGCAAAUGCUGUGAUGCAGAAAGCUGUAAUGAUUCUGUCGUUCUGGGAAGGUAUGAGUCACGAGGCACGCAAUAAGUUCCUUGACCAUAUCCAAGCCAACUGUGCACCAUUCAAGGACUACUACGAUGAUGAUAUGACCGAGAGUGAUGACGCUGAUCUCAAGAAAGUCACAAUACAAAUAAAGGAAGAACUAGAUGAUCUGAAGGAGAGAUGGGCGGAUCAGUUUGGUCUGGGUGAUGAGAAGACUGCGCUGGAGGAACUACAAGAGGAAGAGCCACCCAAAACUGACAGCAAGGGGAAAAUGAUAACAACACAGAAAUUUGAAAGUGAAAUUGAGAACUUACGAGAUGAGAUUCGAAUGGGGCUUGUUGAGUUGCAGAAACAACAGACCCAUAUGAUGCAUAAGUUUAAACAAGACAUGAAAGUGGUGAAAUCUCUCAUACUGGAUUUGUCUGCACAGGGUUCAGGGGGGCAGAGUGGAUCUGGAGGAGGGAGGGGUAACUCUGGUGGGGAUGGAGGUCCAGGAGAUAUGGGUGUGGGGGCUUUCAUGCAGUCUCCAGAUGUAAUGACGUCAGAGGGGAUGAUGAUGUAUCCAGGAUAUGUCCAACAGAUAGAACCUGGAGUUAUGGCAACUACACAAGAUACGAGACCUAGACCAGGCACUGGAAAGAAGAAGAAGAAGAAACAAAAAAUGCCAAUAGAAGAAUCAAGAAUGGGCCAACUUUUUAUGACAGGAGAGCCUUCUGAGGAAACAUUUACUGGUUUAUUUGCUCCCAGCCCCUCUCUUCAUGAACCAGUGGUUGAGGUUUCUACACAUGAUAUUAUAUCUGAAGACAUAUAUAGCACAGAUAUACUACCACACUCAAGGUCUUCUACUCAAGAUGCAGACUAGUCUACAGCAUGAUGUCUUAUUCCAAGUUUUGUAUUAGUAUACUUGUACAGUAUUUAUGCACCAUUUACAGCAGUCUGGUUCUAGAUCUUUAUUCUCUUUGUGAACAGUUAAGGUUUUUUUUGUGUUGAAAGAGAUUAUUACUUGCUAAAUACAAAUUAGUCGACUCUGUAAAAUUUUGUAUCUGUUUGCUGAAACUUGCAUAUAUAUUUGAAAAUCUUUUGUCAUGUAAAAAUGAUAUGGCUAAUGAUUGAAGCAGGCAAUGUUGAAAUUAGAAUGACUUUUUGCCUUAAAGUACAUUGCUCAAGAACAUAUAAUUUAACAUCACUAUGCUGUGUGUAUUAUGCCAAAAUAAAUAAGAAUAUUGUAUCAUUAGGAAUCUUGACUAAAACAUGGUAGACUAGUGCCAACAUUUGAAUGUUUAAGGCCGUGUAUUAGUGUUUACUAUAUAACACUUCAUUUUGGCAGUAGUAUUAUUAUGGCGCUCUCGCGUUUGAGUUCUGUUGCUCCAAAAUAAAGCAUUUCUAAUUUGUUAGCCAUUAAAUUUGAAUGCCAUCAAUAAAAGCAUGGAUACUUUAAAUGUACUGGAAGCAAUUAAAGUAAAGAUUUCAGUGAAUGUUUCAUCACUGAACUAUCAAAAAUGUUUUUACAGUUUUAACAUAUUAACAGAACUUAAACACAAUACAAAGGGUAUCAUUACGUAGCAGGAGUUUCUUUUUGUCUUAAAAGCACAAAACAGUUGACAUUGUACAUGUAUGGUAACUAAAGGCACAAAUAAUUCAUGCAUGCACUCAAGGACUUUAAAAAUGCCUCAUCCAUAUAUGGCUGUUAUGUCAGCUUUGCAGCUUGUUUGCAAAUAUUUUGAUAUUCACUUAUUCAUUGAAUUGAUCCAUUAUGGUGGUUUCUUUUGUGAUACUUGAAGCAUGCUCAUUGAGUGCAUGUUGUAAUUCAUGUCCUACAAAGUUCACAGCCAGCAUUUACAAACAGUGAAUGAAAAUUACAACCUGGCAAACAAAAAAUCUUCUAUUGAAACACUAUAAUGUGGUAAGAUUAAACACCAUCCAUUAAACACCUAGAAAUGUUCAAGAACACUUUAUUUCCCAUUUUUGAAACGACAGGCAAUUUAGCAGCUACAAAGAUUUGCAGAAUACGUCAGUUGUAAAAUACAUGAAAACUUAAUAGCUGAAGUACGUUUAAAAAUGAAAUGAUUUUUUUCGGUGUUCAUGCAAAAUGAAUGACAGAAUAGGAUCGGCAAAUCCAUGAAUUGCGCUAGCAAUUCUUGUUUAAUUUGCCGAUCCUAUUCUGUCGUUCAUUUCGCAUGAACACCGAAAAAAAUAGUUUCAUUUCUUAUAUUUACAUUAUAUUUCCUUUCCAUUUGUAAACAAGAUAAUAUUAUAAAUUGCACAUAUUUUGUGGCAUUUAGCAUUAAAAUCAGCUUCCCGGCCAUUCCGUUCACCAGACGGAACAACUUCGACGUCAUCUAAGGAACGUUCUCCCUGACUAUACACGGACAUCUUCAAAACAGCGGUCAGUUAUCACUAAGCAGCAAUGACGUAACUUUCGCACCUUUCCUUUUGCUGUUCAUACGAAAUGAACGUCAUAAUUUUCAAUGGGAAAGAAUAGGGGAAUGUAAAUAUAACAUUAACCGUUGACAAGUGAAUCUGACGCUACGAUGGCGAGACAAAGAGAUAAAAUUGCAAAACCUUACUGACUUUCCGAUAGUUAUUUUUACAUAUGUAGUCAUUUUGGUCUUCACCUAUCAAUCAAAAUUUACUACUGCUGCUGUUCUUCGUUAAUCAAAACCUUAUUGGAUUUAUUUAAUAAAUAAGUAAAUGAUAUAACUAAACAAAAUUAUUAUACAUGAAAAAAAACUGUUUUUAGUAUUUAUACACAAAUGAGUAUAUCAGGAAGAAGCUUUGCAGCUGACUACCAGUGAAAACUACAAACUUUCUCAUUUUCACGGUAGCUGGUAGUUUCGCGACUUCAAAAUUUCACGGAGACACACGAAUUGCGUAAGUCGCUAACUUGAAUAGCGUGAAACCAUUUCUAGGUUUAUAAUAUUUUGAUAAGUGUGAAUCACCAAAAUCUAAAUGGGCAGGCUGCAAUCUUGAGUUCCACCUUUGACACAACCAUGUAAGCAUUAUGAAUUAUGUCAGCAUCACUUAUGUUGGAGUGGAGUUUUGCAGUUAGAAAUACUGGUCAAUUCAUUUAACUUCUGUAAUGGCUUGAAUGAAUAUUCAGUAACGGAAUAAUACUCCUCCAAAUAUGAGCUUCACGAACUAUAGUCAUGCUUCAUGUGACACAGAAAAAUCACCACCUUUAAUGCCCUUAUUUAAUAUGUACAAUUCAUAAAUAUAAACAUGAAGAAAAUCAUCUUGGAUCAAAUUUUUUCAAAUGUUUAAAUGAGGUGUUUUAAAGUAUUUCAGUGUAGUUACUUUAUCAUCAUUUAUGAAUUAUUCAGGUACUGCUUAUAUUCAGCAUAUAUAUUACUAGUGACUGGACUUGAAAUGAAAUGAUUUUGAGUUCAGUUUUACACAUUAAUUACUGGAAUGUACUAAUAGAUCUGUCCUGAAAAAUGCCAGAAUUGCGUGUUAUACUGUAGAUAUUGCUGUUGUGGCUUCAGAAUUUACAAAGAGACUGUGAUAUAACUUAUUUUAUUAUUCCGUUUUUAUUGUACAGUUUGUAUUUGUACAUAAUGUGUAGAUAGAGAGUAUUAUUUAUAGUUCAGCAAAUUUAUAUUUUAUUUUGUUAUGUAGAACUUCUUUAUACAAAUAUAUAUUGUCAGACAAAAUUUAAUAGAAGUUUAGUUGGUCUCUUCUACUAAACAGGUGUUAAAUUAUUUAUAACUUAAGUAAAAUUGUGCAAUGAAUCUAUUUCACAACCUUAGCUGUGUUAUGAAAGAAACAGAGAGAUCAGAAUAAUUGUAUUUUAAAAACUGCUUUUGUUUUAGUUUUUAAAUGACUUUACAAGUGUUGUCUUUUCCUACCUGUUACAGGUGUCUUAAAGUAAGCAUGCAUUGUUACACUUUCCAUUGUAACUAGAUAUUAAGCCUGAUUCUCUUAGUUUCAUCAUGUAAAUCAUGCAAAUUGAUUAGGCAUAUGAUAUAAUAGUGCCUUUUAGUUAUUUCAUGGGAGUUACCAUACUUUGCCUACCUCGUCUGUCUGUCUGUCUGUCUGUCCAUCCAUCUGUACUGAACUAUCUACACUUUUUCUAAAAAACCUGUGGUCAGAUUUUUAAUGAAAUUUCACAGGAGUGAUUGAUAUGAAACCUUAUUUUGUAUAUCAACAUGUUUAACAUUGAUUUUUUUGCAGAGUUGUGGCCCCUUAAAGGUCAUUUUAUUUUAAUAGAAUCUGGACUACUUCUCUUAUACUAUUGAUAGGAUUUUAGUGUAAUGUAAUUGGAAUGAUCAAUGAUCAGUACCUAGCCUUGUUACACAUAUAAUUAUAACAUUCUUAUGAUUGAAUGGUUUUGAUGAUAAUAUAUCUUUGAUUAAUAGGCAUAAAGUCUAUCUUGUCUGCACUUCAUCUCCAAAACUUCUGUCAAGAUUUCAAAGAUGCUUUGCAGGAGGGAUUGAUAUAAAAUCUAUAUUGUAGAGUUAUGGAUUUUCCUUUAUUUUUAGCGAGAUUUGGACAAAACUUCAUACAUGGGGUCAGUACCACAGUCUUUUUAAUUGAAAACCUGCCAUAGCAAGAUAAAUGCAUGGGAAGACAUGUUUUGUGUGUGUGUGUGUGUGUUUUUUUAAAUAGAAAACAACCAUCUAGAUUUAGAUUAUUAAACAGCGAUGCACCAUUUGAGCCGUGCCAUGACAAAACCAACAUAGUGGCUUUGCGUCCAGCAUGGAUCCAGACAAGCCUGCGCAUCCGUGCAGUCUGUUCAAGAUCAAUGCUGUUUGCUAACAGUUUCUCUAAUUACUAUAGGCUUUGAAAGCGAACAGCAUGGAUCCUGACCAGACUGCGCGGAUGCGCAGGCUGGUCUGGAUCCAUGCUGGGCGCAAAGCCACUAUGUUGGUUUUCUCAUGGCGCGGCUCAUUUUAUAAACUGUGAUAACAAUGUUUUUUCAUGUACAUAGAUGAGACUAUUAUAUUGAUUAAAACUGGGAAGAUACAUGAAAACAAAAUAUAGUUUUUACAUUUUCUACAUGCGUUUUAGCUUUUGCAAAAUUAAAUUUAUAUUGACUAAAUAUAAAGAAAAACCUACUAAUAGCGCUUUUAUAUAUUUACAUAUUGUUCCUUUUACUUUUCUGAUUGACUUCUUUUAUAGAAUAAGAUUAGUUUUAUAGAAGCAUUAAGUAGAAUGGUCCAAGAUACUUUCACAGGAUAUAGAGAGGGUACAGAGAUGCAGUAGUCAUGCAGUUUUCAGGACUGGAUAUGACCUUUGUUCAAAAUAUUUUUUUAUUAGAUCUUUUUUAAACAAAUUUUACAAAUAAUAAACUAAUAUAUUUAAAUACUUUUUCAAAGGAAAAAUGGAAAUGUAUUUAUGUAAUAGAUAGGGCCUAUCUUUUUGUUUGUUUUAAAACUGCUACUAACAAGGUCUGUAUACAAGUUUUUCUUGUAGCUUGCAAACUAACUACACUUGCUUUCUAUAGCAAAUACCAGUAAAAAGGCUAAACUGUUUCUGUUGAACUGAGGUUUUUAUUCGGGACAGUUUACAGUACUUGAAACAUUUACACCAUGGGGAAGUAUAUAAUAUACUAGUAUGUGCCUUUGUAGAAAUGUAUUUUUGAACUGAUCUUUAUAAGUAAUGUCUGUGUAUAUCUUCAUCUCAUUUUUGCAUAUAGUACAUUGUGCUGCUUGCCAUUGUUGCUCUCUUAUAAAAUGUAAACAUUCCAAUGAUAAGUUGUGAAAAUGGAUAAACUUGUCAUGUACCUCAGUAAUUGAAUGUUUUCGUAGGCCAAUAUAUAAUCUUUUUAUACACUUAAAGAGAUGUAUUAUGUGAUGAUGCAGGUUGUCCGUCUUUUAGCAAUUUGUAUGAGUUAUAAGUCAAGGUCACAGUGACUGUUAGUAUAAAACCUUUUUCUGCUCAAUAUCUUGAAGACCCAGCUUUGACCUACAAUCCGCCUACGGGUCAAACAUAUUGCCUGUGUUGAUUUUGAGGUAAGUGGGUCAGAGUUCAAGGUGACACAACUGUUAGUACAAAAAGUACUUCCCAGUAGUUUGAUUUGAUCUGUGACCUUCAAAAUUUUCAGGGACAUUGCAAGUAGUCAGUAGAUGACCCCUAUUGAUUUUGAGUUCGAAGGUCGUGGUCACAGUGGCUGUUAGUACAUUCUGAUUAAUAUUUUGAGAAUGACUUUACCCAGGACACUCAAAUUUGUCCAGCACAUUGCUGAUAGACAACGAAGGACUCUCAUGUUUUUGAGAUCAGUGGGUCUUCAGGUAUAAUACAGAGACCGCAAGUCAAAAAGGAACAUCAAACCAUGGACCCCUCUUAAUUGAUAUUUUAAAACGUUUUUUAAUCAAAUGUCGUCGAUACUGUAAUGCGAAGUGAUCAGGUGGACAUAUGUGUUGUUGCUGGUCAUCUAUUUAUUUUCCUCUUAGAACCUUCAGAAUGCUUGACCUAUGAUUCCAAAGAUUUAUAGUUACAUUACUUCGUUAUAGUUACAUUACUUCGGGCGUAUUUUGCUCUGCACAACAUAAGGGUGCUUUUGUUCCAAAUAUUGAUGCUUUGUCAUAUAUUAUAAAAUAAAAUAGAAUAUUAGAAGUU